AUGGCCACUCCCACCCCACCAACACUCAUCAGGCUGCAACCCCUUCUCGACACCCUCCGCCAGCAGCACACGCAGCUGCGCGCUCAGAACGACAAGCUUGUGCGCGUGGGCGUCGCCAUGGAAGGCACACUACGGCCCGUGGAGGGGGGUAUGCGGACUGAGCGGGAGAAGCGGGCAGCGGAGGAGGCCGCCGGGAGGACAAAAUAUGGGGGCGGGAGGGGCGCGGGAGAGGAGGGAAGGGGCGAGGAGGGGGUUAGGGGUGUAGGUGGGAAGUGA